AUGAUGUCGCGAAGUCAGUCGAGUUUGGGGUACUUGGAGGCAGCUCGCGAAGAUUCGGCACCAGGAGUCUCUCCAUCGCCGAAUCAGCAGUCUGCCUCUGGGCCUAUCAAUCUAUCUGGCCUGGUGUGCAACGUGCGGCGAACGACUGGCAAGGAGCCCCAUCCUCUUGUCGGUGCCACUACGACCAUACUGGGGGAUAAGCUUUACGUGUUCGGAGGCCGGAUCCUCUCGCGUAGUCGCCCUCAGUUGACCUCAGACCUCUAUGAACUGGACUUGAUUCGACGACAUUGGACGAAGAUCGAGCCCGCUGGAGAUGUUCCACCACCGCGGUACUUCCACAGCAUGUGUGCCCUAGGGGACAACAAGUUGGUCUGUUAUGGAGGCAUGUCGCCGGCACCGAGUACGCCAAACGACCCCGAGAACCCUGCGGAAUCGCAAUCACCGUCGCAGUCGGAAGUUGUGGUCAUGUCAGAUAUUCACAUAUUCGAUGUCCCAUCGCGGGCAUGGACUCGUGUGGCCGCUCAUGAAUCUCCUCAGGGGCGAUAUGCACACUGUGCUACGAUACUGCCAUCUAGCGCGUGCUUUACAUCAGCCAGUGCACCUCUAUCCGCCAUCCAUCACAACCCGGAGUCUUCCACCCAUCAAGGUACCCUCGGUGUGGACAUUGACGGCUUCGGAGGUGCAGAGAUGGUAGUGGUUGGAGGUCAAGAUAGUUCCAAUCACUAUAUCGAACAGAUUAGUGUAUUCAAUCUCAGAAGUCUGAAGUGGACCAACACCAGCCCCUUGGGAAGGAGCUGCGGCGCUUAUCGCAGCGUCGUGGCUCCUCUCGUGGGGAUGGAUGUGUCUGAAAUUGGAUCCUCAGCUCCAGAUCGCGACUUACACGAGCCACUUCAAGACAGCACUGAAUCUCCGGGUUGCCCUAUGCUGAUUUACUCCAAUUACAAUUUCCUUGAUGUCAAACUGGAGUUGCAGGUGCGCCUGCCGGACGGGCGCCUUGUUGAACGACCGAUGCAGAGCCAAGCAUCGCCCCCGGGCCUGCGCUUCCCGAAUGGUGGCAUCAUCAACGGUCACUUCGUCGUCAGCGGUACCUAUCUGACUUCCUCGAAGCAAGAAUAUGCACUUUGGGCUCUUGAUCUGAAGACGUUGACUUGGGGCCGUAUUGACGCCGGAGGAUCCGUCUUUGGGCAAGGCAGUUGGAACCGGGGUGUGCUUUGGCCUCGUCGUAAUUCAUUCGUGAUCCUCGGACAUCGGAAGCGAAGCCUGGUUGAUGAUUACAAUCACCGGCGAAUCAACUUCUCGCACAUUUGUCUGGUCGAGCUGGAGGCAUUUGGACUCUACAACAAUCCUUGCCGCACUUCUCCAACUUCAGGGUAUAAGUCUUAUAGCUCCUCUUCUGUUCCCGCGUCUCUUCAGAAGAAGCUAGUCCAGUUGACUUCCGGUGGGCGUCCAUUGUCUGCUGCAUCCGAUGAGCUUGGCAAACUUGCGCAGGCCUUGCCAGAGAUGGCCGAUAUGGAACUGCAGGCUGUGGGAGGAGAACGAAUUUCUGUCAACUCCCGUGUAUUGACCCGGCGAUGGGGCCCAUACUUCAUCCAGCUCCUUCGUGAGUCCUCGGACGAGGGGAUUUCAGAUACUGCAACCCUCCAUUCAACACAGAUGCAUCCGAGCCGUAACUCAAGUGUUACCAUCACUGCGUCGGUGGGCCCCCACAGUACCUAUUCCGAUGCAACCACCCUUGUCAAUCAAUCUGUACCUUCCAAGUCUCUGCUUGAGAACCUUGAACUCCCGUCUGCCCAUAGCCUCGCCCCCACCUCGCGACCGCGUGUGCUGUAUCUUCCUCAUACGAUUUUGACUCUUCAAGUGCUUGUGCAAUACCUCUAUACUUCGGCGCUUCCAUCUGUAGGCACCUCACUGUGCACACCGCAGAUCCUCUGCUCGCUGCUACAACUCGCACGUCCGUACCAGAUCGACGGACUACUGGAAGCUACUGUUGAAAGACUCCAUCAAAUUCUUGACGGACGCAACGCCGCAGCUGUAUUCAACGCAGCUGCUAUGGCUGCGGGCGGUGGUCGUGGUACUGGAUUCAAUGGUGGACCAGGAGGUACACUCGAGGCUUUGAAUGGAGCUUAUACCGGCAACAACGGUACUUCACAGUCCAUCGGCGAGAAGAGCCAUUCUCAACAUGAUGCGCUCACAUCAAAUUCAUCCGAUACGGAGCAUGGCGCAAUCUCUGCGUCAGCCGCCAGCAGCACCGGCGACCUUACAAACUUGGGUCGAGGCCUGCCAUCUCUUCGCAUCGACACCAAUGUCUCUCAGCAUUCGCACCAACGGAGCAGUCGCCGCGAUCGUGAAGAUUCCGCCAGCAAUGCAAGCACGGCGACAUCGGCUUCCAGCGCUAGUUUCAGCCAGUCCGACUCUGAAUGGCCCAGCGGCGACGAGAGCCGCUCACAGUCGCGCUCCACUCACCACCGCCGUGGCACGGAUGCUGAGUUGCGCCGUUCCCAGCGUGAGCUCUGGACUGGUGAUCUGAGCAGUGUGAUCGGUCUUCAGAAGCGCGGUCUGCGUGGUCUCAUGGAGGGUCGCCGUAUGCGCGAGCGGAGCUCAAAACCUGCCAGUACUGGUAGUGGCUCGAUAUCCGUGCCACCAUCUGCUGCCUCGACCGAGCACCUCGUUCCUUUCCAGGGCGUAGCGAGCUGA